GUCGGUUCGUCCGUUGAUCGCAUCCUUUCAACAAUCCUUCGUGGGGUGCCGCGGAUUGAAUUGACCCUCCGUCCACGGUCCUUUUUAACCCAUUUUUGCACGAAGUCUAUGUUCGUGUCGGAGUGCAACAAAUUUUUGAUAAAUCUCAUCAGUAGUGGAGCUCUAUAAAAGGAUUGAAAAGCUGUUGUUAUGAUACGAUGACCGGUACGACAUAAUAAUUUGGUGGGGUUCAAGGAUGCGGGUGCACAAUGGAACAUAGGCGCGCAUGUGACCCGCAAUGAGUAGCUUAUAUGCCUACUUACGGCAUGCGGAUGAUACGAGUCGUGAGUGAUAACAGAGUAUACAAAACGGCAUUUCUAAUGAAGACGGCAUUGUGAAAGAACGACUGUGGAGCGCCAAUAUCUCGGGCCUCGGGAUUAAGUCCGUACGAGUAAUCCCGGGUGUAGGUAUCGGAACAGGGGAUCGUCUGAAAUUCGGUACAAAUUUCUACAUAAACAAGAGAGCAAGUCAGCUUCAGAGUAUCAGCAGUGCGAUGCUAUGCCGGUUCGGUGACCUCACUACUGGCGGCCGAUUUAUUAGAUCGAAAUGAACGUACGAUCAUUCGAGUCUCAGACUCUUGUCGACGCUUCAAGCAAACCAAGUAUCACCUCUUUAUUUCCUACGGUGAAGAGAAUCAUCGGGGAACGGGCACUUGGUGCGAGUGUCUGAUGUCGAUGGGAUUCUUCGCGCUUCCUCUGAUCCGAAAUAAUUAUGGAUUCUCAGGCUGGAAUGGCUCGUCACACUGGACCUGGACUUUACGAAUUUCUAAUGGAGGCUGAACUACAGCAGUAUUAUCCAGGCAUCAAAGGAGAUCUAAAGGUGCAGACAACUGCUCAACUCAAGUAUGUCACUGAAGAGGACUUAAAUGCAAUCGGUAUGAGCAAGCCAGAGAUGCGCAGACUCAAGAAAUAUUUUCAGAAACAUUUCCCUCAAAAUUAUCUCUCAAAGUUCAAGAAAAUGCUACUGCCAAAACGCGAGGAGCAGACAUCUAAUGCUUUGGGUGUUCUGCCUGAAGAAAGACAAGAUAGACCACCGAUUCGGGUUCCAAACAAGCACAUGAUACCGGCAGAUGCAAUAAUUGUAAACAAAGAACUGGGCACAGGUGAAUUUGGAGUCGUUCAGCAAGGUGUGUGGACAAAUGAUGGAGAAAGGAUCCAAGUAGCUAUAAAAUGCCUAUCAAGAGAAAGAAUGCAGAACAAUCCAAUCGAAUUUCUGAAAGAAGCUGCCAUUAUGCACGCGAUAGAUCACGAACACAUUGUCAGACUGUACGGCGUCGUUUUAGACACCAACUCGCUCAUGCUUGUCACGGAAUUGGCGCCUCUUCGUUCUCUGUUAGAAUGUUUGAAGGAGCCGAGCCUGCGAGCCAGUUUUCCUGUAUUAUCACUAUGCGACUUUGCAGUUCAAAUAUCAGAUGGUAUGCAGUAUCUGGAAGCAAAGCGACUUAUCCAUAGGGACUUAGCAGCCAGAAAUAUUUUAGUUUUCUCUAAAAACAAAGUGAAAAUAUCAGACUUUGGACUCUCGAGGGCCCUCGGUGUCGGCAAAGACUAUUAUCAGACCAAUUUCAACGUUAAUCUGAAACUACCAAUUGCUUGGUGUGCUCCUGAGUGCAUUUCUUACUUGAAGUUCACAUCCGCAAGUGACGUGUGGGCCUAUGGUGUAACUCUAUGGGAAAUGUUUAGUUACGGCUUUCAGCCAUGGGCAGCACUUACCGGUCAACAAAUUUUAGAAGCCAUAGAUGAACCAAAUUUCCAAAGACUCGAACAACCCGACUGCUGUCCAAAGGAUUAUUUCUCUUUAAUGGAAAAAUGUUGGCAACACGAACCCAGUAAGCGACCAAAGUUUUCCGAGCUCACCCAUAUCCUACCGGAUUAUAAACCAGAACAAGUUCAAGCUGUCCAAGAUGGUACUGAGCCAGGCCAGCUCAUGUAUCGUCAAGGGGACAUUCUCACGGUAUUAGACAAAGGCGCUAUAUCAGGGAAUGCUCACUGGAAGGGAGUUCUAGCUAAUGGGAAGACCGGAUUUUUUAAUCCAGCACAUACAAUAGCUUAUCUAGGGUCCAACUUACCAAGCAACAAGCCUGGAGAGUUUACACGUGGAGAUGGCAAAAAUGCAUUUUCUUCUCAAAGGAGAAAAAUACGAACGGACAUGAUAUCGUCUCCUCAGGGUGACCUGAAGCACACUGGUCACGUCGGGCUGGAUGGCGCCUAUUUUGGAGACGUCAGCUUUCUUGGAGGUAAAUAUCCACACCUCCCAAGACAAGUUGUAAAUCCAUACAAGCCCCAGGAAGAUGUUACAGACAACUAUGGUCAGGCUACCAGCGAAGAUGGAGGUGGCUCGGAAUCUACCAGAGAUUCAACUAGAGACAGUCGAGAUAUUCAACACUUCCAUUCCGACGUCAUCCAUAAUGUGCCAUGGUCAGACACAGCUUCUGAUAUUUCUCAUUUAGGGACAACGAGUAGUACCACGAAGCAGCCUUCUUUAACCACUGGGAUGUCAGAUGUAUUAGGCACACCGGGAUUGGACCAUGAGUAUCAUGAAAUUAGCGACGAGGAGAGCCACGAUAGUCCCUUGAGAUUUGAUAAGCCACUGAACUUUGAUUUUGGGCCAAGUUUACUAGAUGAAAUGGAUCAAAUGUUCAGAUCACUAGGAUCUUCUCCGCCUCCGCCCCCUCCUCCGACUCAUCCAGUGCCAAGCGAACACGAUUCAAGUAAUGCAAGAAAUGAACUCAGAGAAAUACAGUCAAGACAAAGUGGCAAAAAGAAACAGGCCACCGUGAGUCCAAUAAAUGUGAAACCGAUAUCUGCGGCUGACCAAAAGACCUUAUAUUCCGCAAUAGCAAUGGCACAAGAAUUGACGGCUCGCUCAAUGACUGAUCUUGAGCACCCACCAGAAUCACCCCGAACACCAGCCAGUCCCACGCGACGCAGAAAGUUUUCAUUCAAACUGCCACACCAGCAUAGCCCAAAACCCGAUCGAAGACACUUUGCUGAGGAGGCAGCUAGCAUUCCGGAUAUACAGUGGCUAUGCUCGAGUCUGCAGUCCUUAUCCUCUACAGUAUCUAGCAUAGAAUCUCUAGGUGCACCAUCCACCUUGAAACUACCCUUGUGGGACAAGGCAUCUGCUGAAUUUUGUUUUGCUAAAUCCCGAGAACUUCUAACGAAACCAAGUGCCUGGACUUCCUACAUUGAUAUGGAUUUCGACGGACGUAGUCGGGAUAAUAAUUCUACUGCGAAAGAAACCCUUAUCGGGUCCAACGAGUUUCUGGAAAAUGGUAAUGGAAACAGCGCACGUUCGAACUCGGAAUAUAGUGUAGAGGUGGAUAGUAAGGUGAAGAUCAUGCAGAAUGGACAGACUGCUGUUUAUAAUGUAGAAAAUGCUAAUUUUCAUUUUGCAAGACAGCCAAAAAGAGUUUCAGCUAGCUAUGUUGAUCGUUACUUCGAUUUGCCCAAAUAUUUUGAAGACGGAAGUUCUAGAUCGGGAUCAUUUGAAGAAGGCCAUGAUAAAAGACUUUGCUUCCAGGAUGUUAAGUCAAAUAAAUAUGACAGUAUGUUCGAUGAAAAGGAAUGCAAUAAGUUUUACGACAACUUUAAAAAAAAUGUUGCCGCUAAUGACAAGUUCGGGCUUGUGACACGUGACAAGAUAACCAACUGCGAUCCUAUUUAUGGGGAUAGAAUGAUUGACCCUGAAACACGACCCGACGAACUAAAGAACCUUGAUGUACACAGAGAAAAGGCGGGGAUGUUUGAGUUGUCGAGAGAAAAAUUAACGAACUACGACGCAGCUAAAGAAAAAUUGAACAACUUUGAACUUGGCACGAGACCAAAAAUGUCGACACUAAGAAGUUCAGAACGAACUAAAAAAUCAGACGUCCAACAGCCCGCCAAAACAGGACUCGUUACUUUUACCGGCAACAAUUCAAAUCGAGGAUCUAAAGCCAUUUAUGGUUCCAACGAUAGCAUUGGAAACAAUCUUAAUCUAAUCGUAGAUAGCUCCAGAAGCACUGACUCGAGGGAUGUCGUUGAUCCUAAUAUGCGAAAUGUUGAAAGAAACCUAAAUGGUAGAGAUGCUCAUUUGCCAUUCGUCAUAUCCAGUAACCCUGUUUUUAUAGCUGAACCUGAGAAGAAAGAUUCGCCCUUGUAUGACAGUUCUGAGAGUUUGCGCAUGAAUUUUCAACGUCUUCGACGCAAAUCUGAUGCGGAAACAAACAACCAGACAGAAUUGAGUAGUAGACUUCUAGCUGCAAAGUAUCAAAGGGAAGUUUCGGGUUUAGAGACGGUGAAAAACUAUUUGGACUCUAAGAAAGGACAGGGCUUUAAUUUGGGUUUGGGAAAGCUAACGCAGAACAUGAUUCAAUUAGGUAAAAAUAUUGCGCACAAUUCGAGGAACUUUGAGAGCUCGGCGCGCAAAAAAGUUGAGGAUUUUCAGCAAAAAAACUCCCGAGAUUUCAGUGAAUCACCAGGCUUGAACAUCCCCCUCGACAGAUCUCACUUGGAUCUUAAUAUUCCAGUUCAGAAUCUCAAUCCUUGUGUGAAUGCAAAACCAGGCCCCAGGAGUAAUCUCAACAAAAGAUUACAUCAAGCAAAUUCCUCGGCCAUUCCAAACAACUUCCAACAUAUUCUAGAGCCCCCAAAAUUGUACCAAAAUGCGGAAUCCUCAAUUGAGCCUGAAGACCCCGCAGUCUUGAUCGGGAGAACAACCAGCCUUUAUCGGCACCGAACAUCAUCCCUGUCUGAAAAUCGAAAGGCUGCACCUGGAAGAAAUCAGCGGAGGUCGCUACAUCCCAGAAAUGAUUCUAGUGAGGAUUCUGACUCUGUAUCGCGAUCAGAAACUGAUAUUCGAAGUCGUUUCCGGUACAAACGUCGGCACAAAAAAAUACCCUCUGCUGCCCCAGCGCAUGGUUCGAGACUGAAUUUUAGUGCGAAGAAAGGAGGCCAGUUUUUACAUCCCGAUUCAGCCAGGGGUUUCUCUACAGUUGACCAGUGCGGAAAAUCCCCUCCACCAUCGACGAGCUUCCUCAAUUCCUUAUCACCCCCAUUUUCGUCAAGGAACAAUCUACUUUCUUGGCCCGAAAGCGCUCCGAGCUCCAGUCUCACAUUUACUAGCAAUUCGGAUCUGGAAUCAGACACCAGCUCGGAGUAUCCCGAAUUCACAAACGACCUUCCCACAUUCCCUCCAUCCCCUGCUCCCUGAGAAUUAUUCGCCCAUCGGGCUGCAGACGUCAAUCGAGCGACGAGGACGUCAGUGACGGGUAAAUCGCGAUAAUAAUUUGGUUUAACAAGAGGGUUGAUGAUUUUGCACAUGGGCUUACUCUUACUUAACGUAUAACGCGAGACUAACCGCUGGGAGUAUUUGAUGAAGCCUUUAUCUAAUCGUAAAUCUAACAAA